GAAUAAAAACUCAAAUAAAACUAUAUAAAUAUGAAUUUAGUUAUUAAAUAAAUUGUGCACCCAACAAAAGACUGCGGCUCCCGCACACCCAACAAUAUGAUGUCCCAUCUACACAUGGCCCUGUCACUGCUCCUCUAUUUUCUCCUGUGCUUGAGUCGCGUUCAAUGUAGAACUGCCAAACGCUCCGAUGUCUAUAUAGCGGGCUUCUUUCCUUAUGGUGAUGGAGUGGAGAACUCCUACACAGGCCGCGGAGUAAUGCCAAGUGUUAAGUUGGCGCUGGGACAUGUUAACGAGCAUCCACAGAUCCUCACCAACUACAGGCUGCACAUGUGGUGGAAUGAUACUCAGUGCAAUGCUGCUGUUGGUGUCAAAUCCUUUUUCGACAUGAUGCACUCGGGUCCCAACAAGGUAAUGCUCUUUGGCGCCGCCUGCACCCACGUCACCGAUCCUAUAGCGAAGGCCAGUAAGCAUUGGCAUCUGACCCAGCUGAGCUAUGCGGACACUCAUCCCAUGUUCACCAAGGAUGCGUUCCCCAAUUUCUUUCGCGUUGUGCCCUCGGAGAAUGCAUUUAAUGCGCCACGCUUGGCGCUUCUCAAGGAGUUCAAUUGGACCCGGGUGGGCACCGUCUAUCAGAAUGAGCCACGUUAUUCGUUACCACACAACCAUAUGGUAGCCGAUCUAGAUUCCAUGGAACUGGAGGUUGUGGAGACUCAGAGUUUUGUCAACGAUGUCGCCGAGUCGCUGAAGAAGCUACGCGAAAAGGAUGUGCGCAUCAUUUUGGGCAAUUUCAAUGAGCACUUUGCGCGAAAAGUCUUUUGCGAGGCAUUCAAAUUGCAGAUGUAUGGACGUGCCUAUCAGUGGCUGAUUAUGGCCACAUAUACAACGGAUUGGUGGAACAUCACCCAGGACAGCGAGUGCAGUGUCAAGGAGAUCGCCACGGCGCUGGAGGGUGCCAUAUUGGUGGAUCUGUUGCCCCUGUCGACGAGUGGAGACAUUACGGUUGCCGGCAUUACUGCGGAUGAGUAUCUGAUUGAGUAUGAUAGAUUGCGUGGCACAGAAUACUCUCGCUUCCAUGGAUACACCUACGAUGGGAUCUGGGCCGCCGCCUUGGCCAUACAGUAUGUGGCGGAGAAACGUGAGGAUUUGCUCACACACUUUGAUUAUCGUGUCAAGGAUUGGGAAAACAUAUUCCUCGAGGCAUUGCGCAAUACCUCCUUCGAGGGCGUAACGGGUCCUGUUCGCUUCUAUAAUAAUGAGCGCAAGGCGAACAUUUUGAUUACCCAACUACAAUUGGGUCAAAUGGAGAAGAUUGGGGAAUACCAUUCGCAGCAGGCGCAUCUGGACAUGACACUGGGCAAGCCGGUGCGUUGGGUGGGUAAAACGCCUCCAAAGGAUCGCACGGUCAUCUACAUCGAGCACAGUCAGGUUAAUCCAACCAUAUACAUUGUGUCGGCAAGCGCCUCAGUUAUUGGCGUGAUUAUUGCCACCGUUUUUCUCGCCUUCAACAUCAAGUAUCGCAAUCAACGCUACAUCAAGAUGUCUAGUCCGCAUUUGAACAAUUUGAUCAUCGUCGGCUGCAUGCUGACCUAUCUGAGCAUCAUAUUCCUUGGCCUGGAUACCACCUUGAGUAGUGUGGCUGCUUUUCCGUAUAUUUGCACAGCCCGUGCUUGGAUUUUAAUGGCUGGAUUUAGUUUGGCAUUUGGCGCCAUGUUCUCGAAAACGUGGCGCGUCCAUUCCAUCUUUACAGACUUGAAGCUCAACAAGAAGGUGAUCAAGGACUAUCAACUGUUUAUGGUUGUGGGCGUUCUGCUGUUCAUUGACAUAGCGAUUAUAACCACCUGGCAAAUAGCCGAUCCAUUCUAUCGUGAGACUAAGCAGCUAGAACCAAAACACCACGAGAAUAUAGAUGAUGUGCUGGUUAUACCCGAGAAUGAGUAUUGCCAAUCGGAGCACAUGACAAUAUUUGUUAGCAUUAUCUAUGCAUAUAAGGGCUUGCUACUGGUUUUUGGUGCCUUCUUGGCCUGGGAAACCCGGCAUGUCUCGAUACCAGCCCUAAAUGACUCCAAGCAUAUUGGUUUCUCCGUUUAUAAUGUGUUCAUUACUUGCAUUGCCGGCGCUGCGAUAUCGCUGGUCUUAUCGGAUCGCAAAGAUUUAGUUUUUGUCUUACUCUCGUUUUUUAUCAUUUUUUGUACGACAGCCACUUUGUGUUUGGUGUUCGUACCGAAAGUAAGACUGGUACUCGUCGAAUUGAAACGCAAUCCGCAGGGCGUGGUGGACAAGCGAGUGAGAGCCACUCUGCGUCCCAUGUCCAAGAAUCGUCGGGAUUCAUCGGUUUGUGAGCUGGAGCAGCGAUUGCGGGAUGUGAAGAAUACCAAUUGUCGCUUCCGCAAAGCGCUGAUGGAGAAGGAGAACGAGCUGCAGGCGCUGAUCCGUAAGCUGGGACCGGAGGCGCGUAAGUGGAUCGAUGGUGUUACUUGUACAGGUGCCACCACCGACAUGGAGCCCAUACUGAGCGAGGACAAGGCAAGACUAUCGGCGCCACCAGUUCGACGAGAGAUGCCCAGCACCACAGUUACCGAGCUGACAUCCGUCGAUAGCAUCACCUCCACCCAUGUCGAAAUGGACAAUUCAUUUGUCUCCGUGCAGUCCACAACUGUAGCGCCCUCAUUGCCACCCAAAAAGAAGAAACAGUCAAUUGUGGAGCAUCAUGCGCCUGCCUUGAUGCAACCCAUACAGCAGCAACUCCAGCAGCAUCUGCAGCAGCAACAACAAAUGCAACAGCAACAACAACAGCAGCAGCAGCAACAACAGCAGCAACAACUGCAGCAGCAGCAGCAGCAGCAGCAACAUCAACAUCAUCGACAUUUGGAAAAGCGCAAUUCGGUAUCGGCCCAAACUGAUGCCAAUAUUGGUAGCAUUACGAGCAGUGCCGGAAAACGUACCCCAAGCGACUGUGUUGCAAUGAGGGAGCGACGACAAUCAACUGCCUCCAGGCACUAUGACAGCGGCAGUCAGACGCCCACUGCGAAGCCAAAGUACAGCAGCACACAUCGCAACUCAUCCACGAAUAUAUCCACCUCACAAUCGGAGCUGAGCAACGUUUGUCCGCACAGCAAGCCUGGAACGCCAGGACUAAUGAAAACACCCACUGCCUCGGACCAUCGUCGCACGAGCAUGGGCUCCGCUCUCAAGUCGAACUUUGUUGUGUCGCAAAGUGACCUGUGGGACACACACACGCUUUCCCACGCCAAGCAGCACUCGAGGCAAUCGCAGCGCACCUACGCGAGUCCGCAGCGCUGCUCGGAGCAUGGACACGUGAUGUCCUAUGAGCAGAGCACCACCUCGCCCAUACAGCGCUCCGUCUCCGAGAAGAAUCGCAACAAGCAUCGACCGAAGCCGCAGAAAGGCACCGUCUGCCAGAGCGAGACGGACAGCGAGCGGGAAAGGGAGCCAACACCGACUGUGCAACAGCAGUGCACACAGCCACGCAAAUUUACGCGCAACUCGAACAUUCAACAUGCGGCACAUCAUCACAGUUCGCCGAAUGUGGCGCCGGAUAAACAGAGGAAGCAUCGCAACAAAACCGAUCAUUCCAUUUAUGGCGCCAGCUCCGAGACGGAACUGAUCGAAGGCGAGACAGCCAUAUUGCCCAUAUUCCGCAAGCUUCUGACCGAAAAGAGUCCCAACUAUCGUGGCCGCAGUGUCGUUGGCCAGAGCUGUCCGAAUAUAUCCAUAAAAUGCGAUAUCGUUGAAUACUUAUAAGCGGAUUUGAAAACUCUGCAGCUUUUAGCCCCUAGUUUGAUUUGUGUAGUUUGGGUCAAAAAUUCCUCAUUCUCUUAAUGCAUACUAAAUGUGCAGCAGGAAACACAAUUUCGUAAAUUGCUAGCACCUAUUAUAUAUUGAGAUACAUAGUUGAGAAUUAAAAUA